CCGCUCGUGUACACUGCCGCGUUCGCACGCCGCGUCUUAUAAGUGUUCGUUUAACUAAUCAAAAUGCAAUUCGAAUAUGAUCCAGAAAAACUCAUAGAAGAAGUGGAGAAACGCCCCGGAAUUUGGGAUUACGAUCAUGCUGACUAUAAAAUAAGAAACAUACGUUACAAAUUGUGGAACGACAUUGUAAAAGAACUGAUGGAAUGCAACGUCAAAUUAACAAAAAUGGAAAUGCGCGAACUCGAAAUUCAACUACAAAAGAAAUGGAAGAGCAUCAAGGAUUGUUUUCACAAAUACUUGUCGAAUCCAAACAAGGGAAGAAGGCCAUACAUUUACGCAAAAAAAUUACAGUUCCUCUUAAAGAACCAAGAGCUCAGGGAAGUAAAAAAGCGAAACAGUGAAAACGCUUCAAGCGAAUCGGAAGAAGAUACAAAAAGUAAAGUAUGGAGACCUAGAAAGAAAAUUAAAGUUAUCAAAUACGAAGACCGUACGUCGGAUGAGGAUGUAGUCGAAAUUGGUGAAAAUGAUCCACAAGACCAGAGAGACGAUUCCAAUGACGGAACCGAAGCAAAUUCAAUGAGGACAGAUUCUAAAACAAACAAACCAACGACAGAGGAAUUUGCAUUCGCGAACGUGGACGUGCCGAAAUACGAUAACGAUGAUUCAGACAAAAUGUUUCUAAUGUCCUUACUACCACAUUUAAAAUCGGUACGAGAAGAACUAAAGAUCAACGUUAAAAUGGAACUUAUGCAAGUUUUAUGUAACGCCAAUUAUUCAGCAGCCGCUGUUAAUAAAUUAAUCUAAUAACUAUUUUAGAAGGUCUAUCAUAUUUAGUUACUUAUACAGGUUAGUCUUCUAUAAAACAUACAUUGCUUGUAAAUAGCAUUUAAUGAAAUAAAA